AUGAGUGCAAGCUCAACAGAUGUGAAGGCGGCGGAGGUGCGCAUAACUCAGCACCGCGACGACGCAAUGCAUGCGAAAGUCCAAAUCGAAGAGUCAAUCGAAGCGUUAAAGACCGCGCGAAAUCGAAUCUUGCUAGAGAGACUUGAUGAGGCCACUGAGAAGCAGCGCUUGGUGGAACAAGAAGCCCUUGCGUACUCAAAGAAUGUCAACAGACUGUACCAGCGUGCGGCCAAGUGGAAGACCGACCAGAAGCGUUUUCGAACAAAUUUAAAUGAACUCGAUGGGUUUGCUGAAUGGGCGGCUUCAACAGAAAAGGAUCUACACGCGAUCGCUGGAAAUUUGGAGUACGUGUGGGCAGUACUAGAGAAAGAUCAAGAUAGUGCCUCCAACGAUGGAUAUGUACGAGCUUUAGAUUCCACAUGA